AUGUUUUCCUCAAUUAAUUUUCUAUUUUUGAUAUCGCUGGCGGUCACGACGUGGAUCAUUCUCUGCUAUUUCAAACAAAUUGAACUACAGAGGGAAGAGAAAAUGACUGUAGAGGUCAAAAUGGAUAACACAUUUGAAGAAAACCUCAAGCCGCACGUGUGCCUGGGCAAUUAUGACAUCUAUUUGAACUUCCUGGGUGUUUUUGCAUGCAUUUACGCCUUGGCAAAAGUAGCCUCGCUGGCUGAGAGCUACGUCGCACACCACGUGCACACCCGCUUCAAGCACGGAAAGCUCUAUGCCAGCCGGCAUGUAGUGGAGCCUACGACUAUCGACGAAUAUCGCAUACAACAUCUACAACUUACAAUGCAGAAUGAUAACUUGGAAAAGCAGAACGCCAAUUUAGAGCAGAAGGUGAAGCAGCUGGAGCAGAUGAAUUUCAUGAUGGGAGGGAAAGGACAUGUCUACGGCGCGGUGCCGAACUGCGCAAGCAAACUCGGCCAAUCAAACGAUGUCAAUAGCAAGAAGGAAGGCAUCAACAACAAAUCUCUACCGCAAGUUAUACCGCAGGCCUGUGUGUGUGGGGGAGCCAACAGUGUCCCGAGUGCUGUAUGUAAUGGCGCAGCGGCUGUCAAUGGACGAGUUGAAGGUGCUGCCAAAGAAAUCCCUGCUGCAGUCGGAGGAGUAAUCAGAUUUCGGAAUAUGCUAAUACAAGAUCGUCACUAUCAACUGACACGGCAGGUAUAUGUCAAUGACGGCAAUCUAAAGUUGCAAUUUCAAGACUUUCACCAAGAAGUUGGCAGCAUACCGCAAAUCUGGCAAAAAUAUUUGGAAAUGCAAAAAUAUGCGGUACAAAAGCCGACCAGGCUUGAGACGCCAGCAGAAGUGGCAAAUAGUAUGCCUAUUGUUGUAUCCACCGAAGAACUACAAUGGUUGAAAGGUAGCACCGCCCAGCAGAGAGGCAAGCGCCAACAACAGCCGACCCAGUAUCCCACCACCAACUCAAUGGCAACCGCAACAACACAGACACACAUACACCACACAGCACAAACAAAAAUCGCUUUACCCAUGCAAGUUUCCUAUAAAAAUGUAUUGGUUUGUCUACUGUGUUGGUACUUGUAA